GCACUAAUGGUGAAAACCGCAAUUGACAGUUCAAUUUUCUCGGACACAGAAAUUUAUUUUGCUUAUAAAUUUCAAAUAAAUGUCGUCUAAAGUAAUGGCAUUGAUCGGUUUGGACUCAUAUCAUUAUUACUUGUCAUCUGCCGUAAUCUGGUUAUCAAACCUCCCUGUUUGAACGACAAAAACACCAGCAAUAUUGGUGCUCUUUAAUGGGAUUUGGACCGAAAUGUGUUCUCCCUUCCGCGAAAGGUGGUGAGGGGAGUCGCUUCGUUUGCGUGUAAGCCGUGGGGAAGUUACCCGUGCGUGUGUGCGAUCAUGGCGGCAGGGAGGCUAGGUGAACUAUGGAUGAAAUUUUGGGUACCGCCUCGCCCGACGAUGAAGGUCGACAAGAAAACUCUAGAAAGAACAUGGAAACUCAUGGAGAAAGUCAUGAGAUUAUGCCAGUCGGACAAAAUGAAACUGAAGAACAGUCCUCCUUUUAUUCUGGAUAUUUUACCGGAGACGUAUCACCAUCUCAGACUUGUUUGGUCUAAAUACGAAGGAGAUGACAAAUUGGGGGAACUUGUCGAAAAUGAGUACUUCAAAAUAUUUGUCGAUAACAUCAACAAAAAGGCCAAACAGACAAUACAACUUUUCAGAGACAAUAAAGAGAAAAUGUACGAUGAGUCUUCUACAUGUAGAAGGCAACUCAAUCGAAUGUCCCUGAUUUUUAGUCACAAUUUAGCCGAGUUGAAGGCUCUGUUUCCAAAUGGACAAUUCGCGGGGGAAACCUAUCGCAUCACGAAGGCGGAUGCUGCUCAAUUUUGGAAGAAGAAUUUUGCAUCGAGAACUAUCGUGUCAUGGAAGGUCUUCCGGCAAGCCCUAACAGAAGUCCAUCAGGUUCGCUCCUCAAUGGAAACCUUCGCCUUAAAGACAACCAUAGAUCUCACCCGCAAUGACUACAUCUCCAAUUUUGAAUUCGAUGUCUUCACCCGUCUGUUUCAGCCCUGGUCAACCCUACUUCGCAAUUGGAACUGCCUGGCGGUCAACCACAGGGGGUAUAUGUCCUUCAUGACGUAUGAUGAAGUCAAGAAUAGAUUGGAACAGUACAUUAACAAGCCGGGGAGCUAUAUAUUUCGUCUAAGCUGUACCCGGUUAGGACAAUGGGCCAUAGGCUACGUCACCCAAGACAAGACUAUCUUACAAACCAUUCCACAGAAUAAAUCUCUAUGUCAAGCACUCAUAGAUGGAAAUAGGGAAGGAUUCUACCUGUACCCUGAUGGUUGCGAGGACAAUCCAGAUCUGACGUCGGUACUGACUAAACCGCCUGAAGAGCUGAUCCAUGUUACGGCUGACCAGUAUGAACUCUACUGCGAGAUCGGAUCCAGCUUCCAACUCUGCAAGAUCUGCACAGAGAACGACAAGGACAUCAAGCUGGAACCUUGCGGACAUCUUCUUUGCUCACAAUGUCUUUCAGCGUGGCAGAUGAGGAUGAAUUCAAAUAGGGAGGCUGAUGGUCAAGGCUGUCCGUUCUGUCGCUGUGAGAUUCGAGGAACCGAACCGAUCAUCAUAGAUCCGUACCAUCCGGACCGGACCAAGUCAGUUCGGAAGAAGUCAGAGGUGGAGAAAGAGGAGGAUAAGACAGCAGAUGGGGACGAUGAAAUAGAUAUGCCAACGAACCAUGCCCCUUCCCUUCCAACCCACCCCCCUACUCCACCAGUACCCUCCCAUACCCCUACUCCGCCCGUACCCAGCGAGCCCGUCUACGCCGCCCCUAAGAAGAAGAACCAGGGACCCCCAUUACCCAGCAUCCCCGGUCUCCCUCCACGACCAUCCCCCUUCUCCUCGCCGUCACAUUCCCCGAACAUCUCGCCGCGGUCUUCGGUCCAGUACGGGGGUGCGAGCAACGGGACCGACCCACUGUCACCGACGCCCCUUCUACCGCCCAGGAGGUACCUCGAUGGGAGCACGGAAGAAGCAAGGCAAGAAGACCCGGAGGCAUCGUAUCAAAAUACGGCUCCUCUCAAUCAGCCAGUAUUUGAUCCAUCAGGUCCCCUUCCACCAUCCCAUUCCACUGGUUCAUCACAUGACUCAGGGUGUGCCACAGCGCCCUCUACGCCUUACAUCAGCGCCGAAGACCCCGCUAGUCUUCUCUACAACGCCGAGGCCAUGGAGCGUCUCCGGCAACAUGCCGCCACCGCCUCCAACCGCCCCGGCAAUCCCUUCCGACGCUCCAUCAGCGAGACCACGGAUUCCAACGCCGCCAUGAUGUUCUCGAACCUCGCCGUGGGCGGUACCACGGAAGGUGCCACCGGCUCAAUCGGUGAUUUUCACAUAGAUUCUUUUCUGAGCUCACUUUCCGGUGCCUCCACCGCCACCACGGGGGAUCACUCCAACACCCCUAUAUACCAAAACCAACCCAAUCUUCUCAACAACGACUCCUCCCACUCCUCCCCUUCAUCUUCUAACCUGGAUCUUUCUCAGUUUUCUCAAGCUUUGCCUCCCAUAUCGACACAACCCUUCGGCGCUGGCCCCAUUGGAGGGCAGGUCAAGGGUCACGGCUUAUCACCUCUUAUCAUGCACUCGGGUCACGCUGGUUGUCACGGUGAUGGGGACACUGAUCAGGAAACGAUCUACUUGAACAUCACACCUCAAGCUUCUUCCAGCUCACAUGAUAAUGAUGAAGCAGAGUAUAACUGGCCACGGCCUCCCCGGAAUAUGAAUGACCCUCCUCCAUUACCCCCUCCCCAUUCACACCAUCACAAUCAACAACAGCCUCAGCAGGCAACAUCAAAAGUCUUGAGAGAAGCACCAGCAGGUUAUGAACUUCCACCUUCAUCACCUGUGACCCAGCAGCAGAAUCCAUUAUUUCCAAAGGGUAUAACCUACAAUGCCAGUGCAGUAUCUAGUGGUUCAGCCUCUCCUUCAAUCGGUAGAACAUCCCCACAGACUUCCCCUCCCGCGCCCCAGGCUGCUCAAGCCCCCGCCGUUCCUCCCCCGCCCCUUCCAGCCCAGCCCCAUCCUCACCUGCCCGCCCCGCCCCCUCUCCCACAAUCAAACACCCCCCGGUCCAUGCCCCGACCCCCGCUGCCGCCUGGAGCCGGGGCGGUCACCAGCGUCGGCAGUAUGGAGGCCAUAAUCAGAACCCUGAUACAAGAAGGUUUCCAGCGGGAGGAAGUCGUCAAGGCUCUGGAUAUCACCAAAAAUAACGUGCCGAUGGCCAGGAGGAUACUUAAAGAAAUCACAGCAGCACAAUAACAAUCCGUUUUUUUAAAGCAAACUACUCUAUCGUUUCUGUACCAAUGCCACUCCCUUCCCUUCCCCCCUCUGAAAUCCAACAGUAAUAGGAAUGUGUGUUACAGAUAAUAUGUAUGAGUAAAUUUUAGUCAACUUGAAGCUGUUCACAUUUCAAAAUUUUCUAAAAUUAUAUUCCAAAAUAGAAACAUGGGUGUGUUAAAACAUGUAUGAGUAGUUUUAGUCUUUGUUUCAAAUGUUCCCAAAUUCUUGUUAAAACCAUCCUAACACAAAACUAAGUUUUGUUACGGAUAUGUUCUUUACGAGCACAUGCCGUUAUACAUGUAGUCUCUAAUCCAACUGUUCCUUUACCAGCUUUUGAGAAAAGUCAGAAAAUAAGCAAUGGUUUACUUUGGCUUCAUGUUUCAAACAGGUCACUCGUCUUCGUUUCAAAUUAAUAAUGUACUAGAACGCUUAAACUAAUUAACCAUACGGCAGCCCAUCAGAGUGUUGCCAAUUUGUUGAAUGACUUUUCAAAGUUCUCCAGUAUAUAAUAAUCAUCAGAUUUCCUCCAUUUUAUGGUAUAUAUUCACUGCUAUUGAGGGCAAAUUGUCUAUUUUUGUAGUCUUACAUUUUCAAUACAUUCACAUUUAUCACUGGGCAUAUCAUAUUGUACAUGUAGUUACUACUACUUCAUACAAACCAUGUAGCUUCUUUGUAUAUCAGCACAUUGCUGAAUCUUUUUUCUUUUGAACAAAGUAUCAUCUCAGCAUGUUUAAUAGGGAUUGAAAAUACAUCUUGUAUAUCAUACAAAAUAUAAUACUGAGUCACAUUUUCAACACUUUCAAAAGUUCAUGAUCAAAACUUUUCCUUUAUACAUGUAUUUGCUUUCACAAUGUAUUUUGAAGAACUGUUCAUUCUUUCACUUUUGAAAUUGAUGAUUUUCAUAACUUUCUGAACAGUAAGGACAGGUAUAUGAAAUUUGGUCAAUGCUUUAAUGAAAUUGCAAUUAGUACAUGUUGCCACAAGCUAAAACUUGUGUCGAAUAACACAAAGCUUUGCAAUUAAUUGCUAGACUGAUUUUCAUUUUAUUAGAUAGAUUGAAUUGCUCAUAAUGAACAACAAUCAUAAAAAUCGGUCAUACAACUAAUUGAUAAUCUUUGUGUUACAGAGCACAGAAAUUACAAAAAGGCUCAAGAAUUAUACCUGUAUAUACAUAUAUAAGUUAUGUGCUCUGAAAGUAAUAUGUUUAUUAUUUUUAGAUUGAUGAUAAAAAGUUGAGAUUGUUUGAAUCAGUUGCAAUUCGUUUAUAAGUCACAGUUUUGGGACAUUUUCUUACAAACAGUUGUGAUGUCAUGAAAUGCUUGGGCCUGAGCAAUUGUCAAUGGAGUAUAUGUCUUGACAUCCUCGUCUGAUGAAGCAUUAGUCUUAUCAACCAGACUUUACUUUUUUUCUUGAUCAAAAGUCGAGCCAUUGCAUAACAUUCAAGAGCUGGACUCUUGAUUCGUCAAAAGCCAAAAAUGACAAAAAGCAAUCUUCCAAAGUAAUUAUCACUGAAGCAUGUAUUAUACAUAUAUAAAUCAUUAUUUUACUUCCAUUAAUAUAUUUCAUUUGACUUUUUAUACAAUUGCACAAUGAUGAUUUGUUUUAUUUUGAAACUGAAUUGAGGGAAUGUUACUUCAUUCUUAACCAUAUUUGUAAAUUUGACAACUUUUUUUUAUUUAAAUUUUUAUG